UGCGCGGGCUGGGCGAGUGUGUAAACAUGGCAGACGACGAUUCUCCUCCGCCUCCUCCCAGCAGCCCACCGCCUUCUUUUACAGAGAAUGGCGACACUGUGCAAGAUACCAAGCCCAGUUUCAAGUCUCUUCGGCAAAUGUUGGCCAAAAGCCACACUAUGUACACCUCCAACCGGCCAGCCCCGCCCCCCAAACCUAUCCGCCCCGUGACGCCAGAGCACGAGAAAGACGAGAGCCCGAAACUGGAGCAUCGAACGAGGGAGCGACCACGUAGGAAGAUCAGAGCACCCUCUAGAGCCGCUCUUCGAGAAAGGGCGUCCUCUACCUCCAUUGAUGUCUUUGGAACAGUGCCUGUGCAGGCGGUGCGUGGAGCCCCUCCUGCCGCUGCUAACACUCUGUCGGUGCAGACUGACGCUCCUUCUCCACCUUCCCCUGCCUCACCUCCUCACUCUCCUCCCCACUCCCCACCGCCAUCUCCUCCCCCCUCUCCCCCUACAUCGUCACUUCCCUCCAAUUUCCCUUCUCCUCCCCAACCUUCUUCGUCCACUCUCCAACAGUCAGACACUCGUGUUGACUUUCUCUCAAGUAAACCUGUGGACACGUCUACAGUCAGGAUGCAGGAUAGAUCUACAGCUUCAAGAGACAGUCUUAAGCAGGACAUUAAACUGAAUGAAACUGCAAAAGACACCAGUGCAUCAAAGCAAUCGUCAAGAGCGCAGUCAAAGUCUGCACCGACACAGCACCAGCCAUUAAUAUCAGUGGUACCGUUCAAAGGAACUGACAAUUCUCCCUCAGCAGGAGUCCAGUCUUCAACAGCAGCUUUCACAAACAGACUGAAGCAAAUUCGUGAAAGAAGAGCGGCUAGGAAAUCCCCAUCACCAUCAGCUCUGUCUCCCAUGCAUUCUUCAUCCUCUCUUCCCCAGUACAUGGGACCACUGCUAGAGUCAGCCACAGAAAUCCACUCCAGCCUGCCUGUCAGCUCGAUGAGUGCAUCUCCAGUCACCUCUCAUGCCAGUCUCGACAGCUCAAUACAGCGAGAGGGCAGCACUGAUCCACACAGUGACAGAUGGAGCCCUAGUCUGCAAGAAAUUUCCUGCAGAGGGAGACGUAAAAAGCCGGAGAAGCUGAUAAUGGAUGCAUCAAAUCCUCCUUCUGUUACCCUUUCUCCCCCUCCCUCUCCUCCUCCUCCCCUACCCCCCUCUUUCCCUCCCAUCACUUCUUCUUUCACUCCUUCUCUCUCUCAGUCAGUUCACUCGUCUCUCCCUCCCCCUGUUCCUCUAUCUUUAAGUCCUUCCUAUGAAAAUUCUCUACCAGCAAUACCACCGCCACUACCUUCACAAGAGACUUCCACCAGAGUAGUAGAAGGAAGCAGAUGUUUGCCAGCAAUCAAGAGUGGAUUGGACCGCAAUAUGAGAGCACACAAGUCAUCAGAAUCACUAUCAAGUUCAUCUGACUCGGCCCCGGAACUUCCAUCAGUUCCACCUCCGCUUGCACUGGAAACCACUGAAACUACACAACCUCUAACUGCAAACGAACCUGCACCUUCAAUCUACCUAGAUAGUCCACCCCUCCUACCUGAUAUAGCUGAAGGUGCCAGUAUCACGUCCGACAGCUCUGCCCCUCCCUCCAGCAUCUCCACUCCAAGAAUGGCCAGUGGUCCUGUUCAGUUGAGGCGUCCCCAAAAACCUGUGGGGUACAGACCUGAGCGUCGCUCUGCAUUUGUGGCCAUGCUUAUCUCAGAGUCCAGCAGUGAAGGCAAGAAGAGGCUGUCAGUUGCCGAGAUGCGGGCACUGACACUGCAGGCUUCCCGACGACCUGAUGCAGCCUCAGAGCCAGUCAUGAAGAGAUGGAGUGACACUAUCAACAUCUUCUCUAGUCUUUCCCCUGUGGAGAAUGACAGAUCCAAGUCCGCUCUGGCUACGCUCGGCAUAGGUGAAAGAGGUCCAGUGGGUUUGGGUGCUAAUGGAGCUCAAAACAAACACGACAUUACCUUUCCCACAGAGAGUGGUAACAAUUCUGCAGGAAGCAGUGGAUGGCAAGACUCAGGAGACGCUUCCAAUGGAGCCAUUGAGAGAUCCAACAAAGGUGGUACAGAAGGUCUGACAUCAACUGGGGAGCAAACUGUGGCCGGGUACAAAAACAGCCGACCAGUUGACGGAGUUAAUCCAGCAUCACCAGGGAAUAUGAAGGAAUCGAGACCCCCACAUUAUCACAAGGAACCUCCAAUCGAUCAUCUUGGCUCUCGAUGGGAGGUUCAAGAUGAGCUGAAGAAUGCAGGAGAACCAGCUCUUGCAGGCAGAGAUGGAGAACCCGAUAUGCUAGAGCACUCAUCAGACCAACUAGCCAUCCCUACUACUGACUUCUACCACAGAGGAGGAGAGAGAGGGAGGGAAGAAGAAGGGGGUAAGGAAGAAACGGGAGAGAGGAAAGGAGAGGACGGGAGGGAGAGUGACAACGACACAUGGGAUGACUCUGAUUAUCUUGAGGAUGACCCGAACACUUGGUCGGUGGAUAGGGUAUGUGAGUGGCUGGAGCUGGUUGGCUUGGGAACGUACAGAGACACAUUCCGAGUAAACAGUGUGGACGGAGUAACUUUGCUGAACAUGGAUGUCCACUUGUUUGCUGAGCUUGGAGUUGACAGCCCUGAGAUCAGAGAACUCUUCCUCGCAAAGAUCUAUGAGCUCAGCAAUCCAACCAGGGACAUGGAUGACAUGCAAGACGACUUUUGCCUGGAGGUGGAUUCCUACACUGAGCAGGAUUGGAAGAAGCUGGAGGCAGCUGUGGAUGCUCUCAAGAGCCCUGUCCUGCGAGACGACAUAGAGCUAGAGCCCUCAGCCAUCGGCCUGUUCCUACACACCGACUACGUCCACUCUCGCUCCACUCCCAACAUCCACCAGCUACAGCAGCUGGCCGAGACCCACUCUGACACAGAGCUAUCCUCCACUGACAAUCUUCUUCCUCCCGUUCCACAUUCUUCAACUGUCCACUCGUUCCCGGACUACACCCCCACUAGUCAGGCAGUGUCCACCGACCAGGUGCGGAGGAAGAAGUCGCGGGCCCCCAGCACCCGCUCCGUCAAGAGACAGUACAUCCUCUCCAUGGCAGAGGUUGGGGACAGACCCAACAGGAGACAGUCGGCCAGUAACCACACCACCAGACCCAGCUCCUCUGUGUCCAGCAGACAGGGGAGCCCUUCACUGGGGAGUCGACACUCUGCUAUUGAGCUCUCCACGUCUCCACCACACAUGAAGGGGGAUGUGACGUCCAAACUGGAGAAGGCAAAAAGAAAAGAAGGAGUAAGAUGACGGAGGAAAGCAGCCAGAGCUCAGCAUACGGUCCAAUGACAGCCCAGCUGAGUAAGGACCUAGACCAAGGAGUCGUAGUGCACGAAGAUGGAAAAUAUCAGAGAGUGAGACUUGGGAGUUAUUUGAAGCAAACAGCAAGACGUGAAAGGAGCUCUUCAAAACCAAGCGCAGACAGCACCAGUGGACUUGUCAGGCUCUUCAUGGAAAACGUUCAGGAAGGGCUCCACUACAAGGCAUUUCUGGCGACAGAGAGGACAAGUGCAGCUGAACUGGUGGAUAAGGCCCUGGAGAGGAGUCACAUCCUGAACUGGCCACAGUCCAACAACUACCACUUUGAACUGAGGAUCAAGGGAAAUGCCCAAAGAGUUCAGCUUCUCCUGGACCUACCGCUGUGUCCCAGGACGGAUGUGAGGCUGAGUCUCCCAACCUCUGCCAGCACAGCAGAGGCUGUUCAGUCCAUACUGGCAGUGCUGGGUCUGGGUGAGACCUUCUCACAGCGAGGCAUCCACUGUGCACUGAUGGAUGUCACCAGCAGAACCCGGGCUGAGAGGGCACUGGCCGAGAAGGAAUGUCCGGUGUCUCUACUGAAUGCUGGACACAAGCUGAAACUAGUCUCCCUCUCUGUACAAAAGAGACACAGCUCUGGCCAGUCAGAUGUUUCACUGCUGGCUAGACUACAGCGAUUGGAGCAGGAGAAAGCAAUGCUGACAGAGCAGUUGCAAUCCGCCCAGUCUUUCAUGAGAUCCCACGUGGAGGGAGAGCAGACUAGAAGGCGAUCUACCAGUGCCACAACUGGACCAGACCCUUCCACACAGCAGGAAAAACAAACGCAUCUUCAUUCAUCUGUCGACAGAGGAGCAGGGGACGGGGCAGUGGGUGAGGGAGAAGAGGAAGUGGUAGAGAGGUUGAGAGGACUCAAUGCAGCUCUAAACAACCAACUUCAGCAGCAGAGAGAGAACACGACAGAGCUGACUCGGGAGAAAGAGAGGUUGGAGAAGAAUGUUUUUGAACUAACGAGCAGAGACAAGGAGAUGGUUUUAGAAAUUGGAGUACUCAAAGCGACUAUAACAGGACUAAAAGAGCAGCUGUCAGAUUCUGAACGGUCCAUGAAGCAGUUACAGCAAUCAAUUGACAGGAGUCAACCCCGCAACGAUGUAGAGAUGAGCUCGCUGCAAGAGAGCCUCAGACGUGCAAAGCAAGAGAUCACCAGACUGCAAAACAGCAAUCAGGAACAGGUCAAGUUUAAGUACUGCAGGUUUUCUGCAGUACAACUGGAGGCGGCAGAGCAGGAGAGGCUUAAGACAGUUCGCAGUGUGCGACAGUUUGUGGUGCAGUCAGGAGUGGGAGAGGAUGAGCACUUAGAAGAAGAUUCGAAUUCGGCCAGUAUGUACAGAGCCAGUCGGGCAGAGUUGGUGAAGGCAUGCAGACAUGCCAAUAAAGAGUUGCAUCAGCACAGACUCUACCUGGACCAGUUGCUGGCCAUUGUAAUAGAGAGACACCCUGAGGUCCUCACUAUGGUCACCGAGGCGCAAAAAAUGAGGGACUUGCUUGACAGUGAGAGUUGGUGCUGA